AGCUCACCCAAAAAGAUGUCUCUCCUUUUAAUUUGCCUUCUGAAUUUUUUCAAACUCUCAUUUCAACAGUUUCCUCGACCAUGUACAUCUGCAGAUGCACUUCUCAAGAAAGAGUGUUGUCCAGUUUGGAACGGGGAUGGAUCUUCCUGUGGCAAGCUCUCUGGUAGAGGAUCAUGUCAAGACAUUUUAAUAACUGAGGCUGUAAAUGGACCUCAGUUCCCAUUCUCUGGGGUGGAUGAUCGUGAAAACUGGCCAUCUGUCUUUUACAACAGGACUUGUCAGUGCAACAAAAACUUUAUGGGUUUCAGUUGUGCAGACUGCAAGUUUGGCUUUACUGGUCCUAAUUGCACGGAACAACGAUUGUUGAUCAGGAAAGAUAUCUUUAGCCUCACAACAACUGAGAAGAACAAGUUUCUUGCUUACAUCAAUUUAGCCAAAUACACCAUCAGCCAAGACUAUCAAAUCGCCACUGGAACAUAUGCCCAGAUGAACAAUGGUUCAAAUCCUAUGUUCAAAGAUAUAACUGUUUAUGAUCUGUUUGUUUGGAUGCACUAUUAUACAUCUAAAGAUGCUUUAUUAGGCAAGUCAAAUGUUUGGAUAGAUAUUGACUUUGCUCAUGAAGGUCCUGGUUUCCUGACCUGGCACAGAGCUUUUAUGUUGCUGUGGGAAAGUGAACUCCGAAAGAUGGUACACGAUGACAAUUUUACUAUUCCAUAUUGGGACUGGAGAGAUUCAGAAAGCUGUGAUAUUUGUACUGAUGAAUAUAUGGGAGGCCGUCAUUCCACAAAUCCCAAUCUUCUGAGUCCUGCAUCUGUCUUUGCAGCAUGGCAGGUAAUAUGCACCAGGUCAGAGGAAUACAACAGUCGUGGAGUUUUGUGUAAUGGUGUUCCUGAGGGACCCAUUCAACGUAAUCCAGGGAACCAGGAUAAAGAGAGAACACCAAAGCUUCCAAUCUCAGCAGAAGUGGAAUUUUGUCUAACUUUGACAAAUUAUGAAAUGCCACCUUUUGAUAAACUUGCUAAUUUUAGCUUCCGGAAUACUCUAGAAGGUUUUGCCAAUCCAAAUGAUGCUAUAUCCAACACAUCACAGAGUGGUUUGCAUAAUGCCUUACACAUUUAUAUGAAUGGUACAAUGUCCAAAGUUGGUGGAUCAGCAAAUGACCCAGUCUUUUUACUUCACCAUGCUUUUGUUGAUAGCAUAUAUGAACAAUGGUUACGGAGACACGUGCCCCUUUGGACCGCCUUUCCAGCCACAAAUACACCAAUAGGCCACAGCAGUGACUAUUACAUGGUUCCCUUCAUUCCAAUAUACAGACAUGUUGAUUUCUUUAUUUCAACAAGAGAACUUGGAUAUGAUUAUGAUUAUCUGAUUGAAUCAGUACCACCUUCGAUUCAGGAAAUUCUGAGUCCCUAUCUUCAUGAAGCCCAGCGGAUUUGGCCUUGGCUGCUGAGUGCUGCAGUGGUUGGCUGCUUAGUGACAACCCUAUUUAAGUGUGCUGUUACACAGGCAUGUCAGAAGAAGAAGAAGAAACAAGGCUCCAUCUUUGAGGAGAGGCAGCCUUUGCUCAGUGAUGAUGAGUACCAGAGUACCUACCAAACAGCUAUGUGAACUGUCAGUUCAACAUUGACUACUGAUGAAUAUAAAAAUGUUAAUUAUAAAAUGACAAUUAUAAUCUAAUGCAACAGAAAAAAACAACAUAAUGCACUGACCCUCAACCCACAAACCCUGUCUUAAAUACAGAACAACAGCUUUGUCUGCUCAGAAAACUGAAACAACCCAGUACCUCCUCAUAACAUUGCUGCAUAAUCUUUCCCAUUAUGUUUGUCUCUUGUGUGACUCCAUUGGGCCAGAUUUUCUGAUAACAGACAAUCUAAAGACAUUAGCCAUCAGUUGGACUUACCUUUGAAUAUUUAGGAAUUUGACAUAGCAAUAGGAUAGAUUGGAUUUUUCUCUCACUCAAAAGAUGCUCUGCAUUUGUGCAAUUAAGUACUUAUCAAAUGUCCAUAUCAUUUACAUGCAUGAGAAUUCCCAUCAUCUCACAGCAAAUUAAAAAUUGAAAUCAACUAAUUAGAACCCACCGACUUCCUGAAGCAA